GGGAAGGGACUGGUAUUAAAAUACGAGGGCGCAAAUCGACUUUUUGCCGAAGUUAUCCGAACUUGUACGAAAAUCGUCAAUUUCCAAAAUGGCGGACGAACAACACUUGAACGGCGAUUCAACUUUAGGUGGCGAUGGUGCAGUUUCCGAAGGAUGUUUAACGGCGGAAUGCAAAUUUAAGGUCCAUACAUUCUCUGACACGCUUCUUGAUCAAAAGGUUCAUUUUCAAAUUCUCAAAAUGACGGACAGUUUGUAUGUCUGGAUUGGUACCUCUCCAGAAAUGAACGCACUUGCUGUUGCCAUGUGUACAAAAUAUGAUUCAGUACCAUCAGUUGUCAACCUUAUGGGAAGUAAAGCUGAUCUAAGUUCAACGACACUUGCUCAAAGGCUUGCUAAGAAGACCAGCAAACAGUGCUUUGUGAGCUACAAUAUACCAACAGAAAACAUGCUGUUAAGUUUGGUGGAGCAAAGGAUCAACCAGGAGAUUAAAGACAAACCACAACUGUUCUAAACAUCUGCGUUUAAU